AUGAAUGACGGCCUAUUUCUCAGUUUGGACAAGCUUUUGUUAGAAUUUGUUUUCCAGUAUGAGCAAGACAGAAGAACUAAAGAAGAUAUGAUUCAAAGAAUUAAUAAAUGCUUUGAAGAUAUUGAAGAAAACAAAGCAGCUAUUUGUAAGAUACAUGAAACCAUAAAUACAACAGAGGAGGAAAUUACUCAUUAUUGUAAACAUAGUAAGGAAAUCAAAGACAACUGUAAUGACUGGAAGCCAACAUGUGAUGUUUUUCAUAAACAUGAAGAUUAUAUGCAGGAUCAGUUUACUGUUUAUCAAGAAACUAUUGAAAAUGACAAAAAAAUGUAUCAUGGUUAUCUGUGUCAGUAUAAAGAUGUUUUGAAGCAAUACCAACUAAAAUACUCAGAAACACAUAUUUCACGUGAAUAUUAUGAGAAGAAAAAAGAACACGAAGAAAUUCAAAAUAGAGUGUUGGCAUUUGCUGAACAACUUAAAAUGAAUGAAACUAUUCUCAUGGAAUUUCUAGUGCCUGCUCCCUUUCCAUCACUUACUAAAUGGACAUUGCACAUAGUUAAUUUGAGAUGUAAAACACAAGAUAUUAUUAAAAAUGCCAACAUUUUUACCAAAAGUUCAUCUGAGUUGAAGAAAGAAGUAGAUAAAGCGGAAAUAGAAAUUAAUUCAUUAAACAAGCACAUUGCAAGACUUUGUGAAACUAAGAAUCUUUCAGAAUCUCUGGGAGAAAAGAAUAAAAAUACAGAAAAGAGAAAGGAAUUAAAAGAAAGAAUUUUUGAAAAAGAUGCACAUGUACUGAACAAACCACCUCAAAGCAGUCAAUUAUUUCUUCACUAUGAAUCUCAGAAAUUACUGAGACCAAUAAAAAUGCAUUCUUCAGAACCAAGAGUUACAGAUAAAAAAGAAGAAAGCUCUGUUAAGCAAUCAAAGCUUGCCAAUACUGACUUCAGAGCAAAAGAAAAUGAUACACAGGUGUUUAAUGAUGAUGGAGUAAAUAACAGUUUAAAAUGUUCACGUGUUACAGCUACUCAAAGCUCACAAAAUUUUAUGCAAUUCAGAUUGUUAACUUCACAGAGACAAUCCAGUUGCAGUCGGUGGUUUGAAAAAGAACAUACAGAUGCUGAGUGUGGAACUAAAGGAGCAGUUAAACAGUUGAGAGAAUCAAAAUGUACUUCAGAAGCUAUGUACACAGAACACUUCGGAAAGUCAAUAGACAAUACUAGUGACAAAGUAGAAGAAAGGGCUGAGAUUUUUCCACAAACUCCUGAAACUCCUAUGUUUUUAAGAAUUCCUGAAGCUGUGAAGACACCUGAAUGUUUGGAGAAAAUACAGUUUUCUAAAAGCCCCUUAUUUGAAAUAAAUUUAAAUAGAAAUGCAACACCUGAAGGCCAAACACAAAAGGAAUCUCCUGGAUUUUCAUUUCUUACAAGUUUUGAUUCUAGGUCACCUGGAUUGAAUUUAUUUGAGUCCUCUGUAUUUGAUUCGGCAACUUCAUCAGAUCAGUUUAGUGAACAUUAUUCUGCAGUAAAUCUAAAUCCUCCAUCAUCACAAGAAGUUGGAAACUUAUUUGGGAAGCCGGAAGGAGAAGAUGCCUUCACAUUUUCUUUUCCAUCAGACACUUCAUCUCAUACAUUUGGAGCUGGAAAAGAUGAUUUUAGUUUUCCAUUUUCUUUUGAACAGAAUCAAAACACAAUACCUUCCUCUCCUUUAAAAGGUUUUUCAUCUUCCUCACAAAAUACAACGCAAUUUACUUUUUUUUGA